AUACCACAGAAAUCUUUAAUAAUUUUCUUGCUUCCGAACACCGCUUGUCUUUGUAUUUUGCUGCUAUUUCCCAAUCGAUAAUUUCACUCAUACAAUACACGUGUCUGAUGAAGAUUCGAUAAUAAAUGCAAGGAUAUGGUAGAGGUAUAUAACAUCUGUGACGCUCUCGUUUCGUCUAAAAGACUGUGCUGUAGCGACUAAAUAAAUUAAUCAAGCUGUUAUUUGUUACUGUAUAGACCCAUUCAACGCCGGAUUGUAAUUAUACAAGAAUUUGCAUGUCAAAGGCCAGUUACGGGACCUAGCGCAGUAGGACACAUGGCAAAUGUUAUUAUUGUGCUUAAGAUAACAUGAUAAUUAGCUGUAACAAUCAUCGAUAAUUCACUCAAAAUUAGUCAAUGGAUUUUUUUUUACCUAUCGAUCGCAUUGCCGACCACGUGUAUGUAACGCAACAUUUCAUUGGUUGCCCGUCUGGAAAAGGAAUUCUGAAACACCGGGCUAUAUUUGACAACUAAGCUUUGCAGUAGUAUGUGUAAAUUCAGCGUUAAAUGGACAGUGUUUUCCCUUAAAUCUACGACAAGGACACAUAUGGCCGACUGUAAUCACAGAGUGAAUGUGAGCUGUGGCGUGAUGGAUCAUAUAUUUAUCGAGCGAGCUGUGUAAAAGAUCUGGUGUUUAUAAAGGUAUACAAUGUGACAUUCCAAGGAUAUCUCAGGUGUGUUUACAUCCGCUGGACACAGUGAAUGAUGGAUAAUAUAGGUAAAGGCGCCGGGCUAGGGUCCCACACCGAGGGGGCAUUCGAGAGAUUUUUGACAGCCGCCAUUGCCACAAUAAUAACUAUUAUGUUUUCAUGGAGGUUGCUAGAAGAGCAACAGGACCAAGUUGACAAUGGCCGACCUACAAAAUUCAGACCACAACAAAUAAUCAAUCCGACGAAAAAAACCGAUAAAAAUGAUGAAUGUGACAAACACAAUAAAGCUAUUGUGGGUAAUUCUACCUCGAUGAGCCCCUCUGCCGAAGUGUCGGGCAUAUCGGGUUCGGACGACGGUACAUCAAAACUCGCCACAUCUGAAGGCUCGGGGCCAGAAUAUUACUGUGUUUCAGAUGAUGACGACGAUAGUCCUACCUGGGCCAAUUACAGCUGGGAAGACGACAUGUAUGGCGGCAUACACACCCGUAGGACAGCUAGAGACUUUAUCUCGUCAGCCAAAACCUUGAAGGACAGUGACAAAAACUCAUCGCCGGAGAACAGUGAUAUUUCACCGCCGCUGUCAAGUCAACUGCUGGAGGAAAUGUAUGUAAAUAGUGAAUACAGAAGCGCCGUAGAGGAAGCAGAUAGUUCUAUGCAAUUUAGUGACAGCAGUGAUGAUGAGGACGAUGAUGAAGAAGAAGAGGAGGGGAGAGAUGAGGGUGAAUUUUGUUUCCCGCCUGCAGAUGAAAACCAGGUGUACUGUCCCCAACCAUUGGCUCCCAUCAUUGAGGAAGAUUCCGACGAUGAAUAUGAUGACACUGAUGAAAGUGAAACCGAAAGUGAAUAUGUGAGGAACCACAAAGUCUCUGACGGUUUGAGUGAGGAAAACUUCAUGGAUGUAAAAGACUCGUCUAACGAAGAAGUUGUUGAACGCAUUCUCGAUAAUAGCGAACAGCCAUUUGACAGGGAUUUAGCAACAGUGACAGAGGCAGAAAAACAGCAGGAGGGGAAUUUAAAUGUUAACGAGAUUGAAACUAAAGAAUGUGGGGAACUUGAUUCAAAGUCGGAUAUAAUUACCGUUAACAAUCGCCCCGAAAAUCUGACAUACUUUGAUUCAGACGAAGCGGAAAUUAUGUGCAAUUCACCUGUGCGAACAUGUGCAAUUGACGAUGACGAGAAUCUCUCUGAUGAGUCGUGUAGUACUUGUAGUAGUAGCGCCUCGGUACUGACAGUCGUGAGUGUCAACACGUGGGAAAUUAACAAAGCGAAAGAGAAACUAGAUAGCCAGCCCUCUGGGCAAGCGUGCUCUACAAUGCCCGAAUGUGAAAAGGUCAAAGACCCUACCAACCAAAGCCUGCUAGCAUUCAUACACAAUACUGAAAACACUCCAGACGACAGCUGCAAAGCUGACUUAACACUACCCCGCAAAACAGCCAACCUCACAGAUGACCGAGAUUUAAAUGUACAAGUACAAAAAGAUUUAGAAGUGACCAUUCCUGUGGAUUUGCAUACAACAAACGAAAAGCAAAGAACUGCAAGUGAUUUGGAUUAUGAUGAAUUCGUGAAAUCUAUCAAUGAUCAAAGUGAAAUUCGCGGAGAUGAUGAAGGGAACAAAAUCAAAGAAAACGGACGAUUAAGCCCCAUAUUCGCGGAGGAAACUCGGAAUAGCUUGGCAUAUGACAGUAGAUUUGACGACGAUGUCCAGCCGCGAGAGUACAACCCGUUCGAGGACGAUUUCUGUGAUUUCAGCGAGGACAGCGAUGAUAGCGACUCGUUCUUUAUGGUGGUCGGCAAUAACGGGCAUCUCAGGAACUUUGAAACUGUGAACAAUUUAAACAUUGCCGGGCUCUCACAGCCGUGUGAAGACUUGAGGACUCUUAUGCACAGCCCUAAUCAGUCAUUGGUGUUCACUAGAACCGAGGAUAUCAGCAUAGAGCACAGGAGUAGGUAUUUCACCCGGGAACGAAAUGCCGACACUGAAAACAGUGCCGAGUACUUGAACAAUAUCAACGAAAUAGAUUUAGUCAUUCGCGAGUCAAACGAAGUGGUGAGCGAUUGUCUGGUGAUUUCGGAGAGUCCUUAUCCUCCAGCAGACGACAGAGAAACAACAACGGAUACAGCGACCAUAAUUGGUGGACGCUCCGAGGAGGACAUUAUUGCUAUAGACGAGAAAACACGUCUUCUUAACGAAGCCAAUACAGCCUCAACCAAGAUCGAUUUUACUCAGCUAGAUAAUCCAUCAGCUGUCCAAACAGAAAGCAUUCUAUCAUACACUACAGCAAGUUUAGAUAAAGUUGAUGAGGACCCAGAGAGAAGUCGUGACAAGAAUUUAAUACAGCGUGCUGAUGAAGGAGAUGAGAUCAGUGAAGGCGAGGAGGGUACCCCAGCGUGUGAUGGACAGAGUUUACACAUAUCAGAGGAGGACCUUGUCCUCGAGACAGAGUGCACAGCACAACAAGACGAGCUUUUAAAUGACCAACAAGAAAAUAAACUACACGAACAACACAGGGAAGAAAUAGCAGAUAAAACAAACAAUUCUAAUGACACCGUAGCUGUUGUUGAUACUUUGCCAAAUUCAAAUAUAAAUGUGUCCACACGUACUUAUCCUAACGUAACACAGACCCUAGAGAUUAAAUCGGAAUUAAACGCUGGAUCCCUCACAGACGACCUAAAACAAAGUCCGACUGAUCCUUGCAGUAUCGAGGAUGAGAAGGUCUUAGACGCGAAUAGUAAUGUACGGGACCUACUUCACAUCGAAGAGGAGGCGGGAUAUUGUGAUAACUCCCAUUCUGUGGAGGAAAUAAUUCCUAAAUCGGAUAGUAAAAGUGUAGAGACGACAUUGAACACUAUUGAUUCUGGUGUUGGGGAAUCCGAUUUGGAAAUGAUGAAACGUUCUAAGCCAAUUGAUCAAGCCGUGUAUGAUCAAAACCUAGAAAUCUGGAACAAAUAUUUAGACAAGUCAGCCCCUAGUCGAGUUGCUCGAACCCCUUUACAAAAACCGUCGUCAUUUCGCCGAGAUGCAAAGGGCGUGAAAGCAAAACUAACUAAACACGUUCCAAAGAGGAGACCCCCCUCUGUGUACGAGUCGGUACUUCUAAAUCCGGUGUCAGAGCCCGAUAGGAAGACCUUUGUUUUCGAGUUACCAAAAAAUGUACCUCUUUCCAGACAAAAAAUAUUUGCCAUGAGACACAAAUUUUUAAGUCAAGAAAGCUUGGCACCAAGUCCUAUGCAAGACAAGUUCGCUUCUCACAAAGCCUCGCUUUCAUCCCUCCCACGAACGGGGCGCUACAAAAAACGCGAAUUGUCCUCAUCGCGCAAUUCUCUGAGAAACUCUAGCAUCGAAAGGAUAGAUCACAUUAGUAGCUUAUAUUCAUCUCGUGUUUCAUGUGACGAGUCGUUUGAAAAACGAGAACUACAUUCCCUGCAUGAAAACUGCAUGUUCUCACCUGCAAUACAUGAAGAAAUUCUUAACACCACAGAAUCCAUAGACAAUUUAGAUGGUAGUUUUUCAAUGAGUGGGUCUGAUAUGAUGCGCUACAGCUCAAUGGCAUCUCUGGUAGAAACUGAUAUAGAUACUGGCGAAACAACUGAGACACUCUUUGUUUACCCUGAUUCUGAUGUUGACUAUGACUUUGAUUUUCAGAGUUCCAUCAAAAGAGCACACAGUAUGAGUGAACUGGGUGCCAAAAAGCAGACGAAAAAGACGUCACGUGGUCGUUUCGCAGAUAAAAAUGUCGCCAAGUCAAAGAGUCUCCAGACCCUGGAAACAAACAUAGAUGACGUGUUUACAGCGAAAGGCGAGGGAAACCUCGCGCGUGUACCUUCUGUUCAUGAACUACGGGUGUCGAAAUCUCUACAAAAACUCAAUGUGCCGGACUGGUUUAAGAAUUCUAGUUUUUCGCGUAGUGGAAGUACAUUUAGUUUAUAUGGAUCCCAACAAAGACGGGACUCUACUUCUACCAUGUCAUCAAUAGGCUACCCUCCCAGCAUCUCCUCGUCCGCUUGCCAGUCUCCUUUACAACAAAACCCUGUCGUCAUAAGAACUCGAGUAACGCCCCCUAGUGCCAAAUUCUUCCGCGGUCCUAAGCUACCAAUGACUCCCGAAAAAGCCCCCAUAUCUCCAGCUAGUAUAUCUUUACCAAGUGACAAAUUUAGAAACAAAGAAAAGCCAAAAGAGCUAAUGCCCAUACCUAUAGUGCCUUUCUCACAGUUACGACUUAUGUUUGAAAAGAGCACGGACUCAAGGGCAGCCGACCCUGCUCCGGUGAAACCUACUGUCAAUGCCCCUGUUAACGCCCCCUCUGCAACUUCACCUACUAGGCCUAAACAUAUCCCAGUAACAGAGACAAAGGUACCGCCAUCUAUACUCAAAAAGACAACGCCGAUCUCGCCGACGAUUGAAGACAGGUCUCCAAUGCAGCUUACAGAACAUUUCUCAAACGGCGAGCUCAACCAUGAGCCAUAUAAACAACGCAAGCCUCCUGGGGCGGACCAGGCUGUCCCCAAACCGCAGACCGUCGACAAAGAAAGAAUCCAGAAGGAGGAAGUUACGCCACAGAGGGAGAUCCCGGACGGUUCGAUUCCUCGUGGUGUGCAGCCAAAGAACGCUAGCAACAAGCCUGCGAUGGUCGCCCGCCCCACGCCUGCGCUUAGACAACCCAAACCAGCUGUAGCUGAGUCCGCCCAGAGUAGAAAAGAGACUACAGUUUGAAACUGGUGGAUCAUAUAGUUGUGUUUCGCAAAGCAAUGUUUACUUGUGUACCAUUGCUAGUUUACCGACAUCGGGCCAUAAAUCGGAUCUGACUGCGACUCAGAGGACAUCUACAUCCGUGUUCAUGUUUUGUGCAGGGUUUCUAUGAACAUUGUGCACUGGAUUUGUUCAAAUACUACACAACACAUGUUGUUCAUGACUCACUCCAAAUGGAAACAAAAGGAGGGUUUUCCUCCUCUCCUAGUCCUUGUGUCAGACGUUUAUGGUGUUAUCCCAUUUGAAAGGAAACUCCCUUUUGUGUUUUACCAGAUUUGUUGUCUUUUUACGUUUUCUUUUUGUGGAAUCUGUUCUGUGUGCUGACCUAGAUUUAAUCGUAUCAUUCUGCCUUUCUCGCUGGAUCUUUAAUUUGUUCAAAAGAAAUGUUUUGACUCUGACACAAAGACCGAUUAUUAUCCUAUUUUGUUCAGAAGAAUUCGGAAUUUACUCCAUUUAGUUGGGAUAGAAAAAAAUAUUGAUAUCAAGGUUGGAUUGCCUAUUUAAAAUACUUUUGGAUAAUCUGUCGAAUAAAUUGGUUGAAAGGUUGAAACAAUUUUAGCAAGGUUUUUGUUUUUUGCCAUAUUGUACUAUUUAUUACAUUUUACAAAACAUAUCUGUCCAAUUAUCUGCUAUGUUUAUGCCUGGCGGAAAUUUUAUUUGAAGACACAUCUGUUGCUUUUAUCAGCUUGUGAAGGUAUACAGUUUUGUUACCUGUAAUAAGACGGCUACCUGAGGAUGGGGAUGGCUCCCAGGUGUACCAUUGUGUCUACCUGUGAGACGAAGCCUCAGCCUCAGUCAGCUGAUUAAUAAAAAAAUCACCAGGUCGAUCUCCUUUGACUGGAACAAGAUUAUUUUCUUUUGAUUAAUGGCGUUUGAAAUUGCUUUUCCUUGGCCGCUCGCUUUUUUUUUUCUUUUCUGUAUUGUGGCAGACAACAAUUUUGUGAAAAUAGCUGAUAUACGAGGCACUACAAGAUAGGUAUUUGAUGUUGGCUUGUAUACUGCACAGCUUUUGACAUUGUGAAAAGGGAAUUAGUUAAAGGGGGUUAAAAAGGGGGGUUUAUUUUCACACUUAGCCCUGUACAGAAGAGGCAGCCCUAGUUUCGCGUCGAUCUGUUUUUUAUGGACGUAUGUGGCCCCGGGGGGUUAUGGUGUCUGGCGCUCACACUCUCCGUCAUUGACCACGCCAGAUCAUAAGACGGGGAAACUGGUUAUGAAAAGAUACACAAUGAAUAUAUAUAUUUAUUGUCAACUGUUGUUUUACAUGUUUGUUUGUUUGUUUUAAAUGUGUGAAAGAGAGAGGAAGAGGAUGGUUUUGAAUGUCUCGGAAUUCUGUUCAUUUUAUUGUUUCUGAAAACACUGGCAUUGAGAAGGGCAAUCGAUCCAAUAUAGCAAGUAUUUUACGAUAUUUUAUGAAUUGUACAUUAUAAAAUUGUAACUUUCUAAACUUUUUUAUUGAAUUUUACCAAAAAGUUAUGUAAAUUUCACACAUUGUUAAGUUUUAUAACUGAACAAAACUUAAUAAAAAAGAUUGUUUAACUUGA